AUGCUUCUCUUCAAGUGCAUACUCGCAGUGCUGCCUGCAGCCCUGGCCAAGGACAUUUUCGUCGCUCCCAAUGGAUCGAGCAGUGGUUCUGGCUCUAGCAGUUUCCCUCUUGCCGACAUUCAGACUGCAGUUAAUGCUGCCAGCGCUGGAGACACCAUCUAUCUCCGAAAGGGAACCUAUCGCCCAUCCAAGAACAUCCAGUUUACCAAGAAAGGAUCCUCCAGCAAGCCCUACACCAUCAGAUCCUACAAUAAUGAAGAAGUCAUCAUUGACGGUGACAAGAUGCCUGGUACUCCGGCUGCCCUUGGCGCUAGCCUCGCUGGUAAAGAUCGUGGUAUCUUCCAUGUCGAGAAGGCAGAGUACUGGAGAUUCAUCCACAUUACUCUCACCAAGGGCCCCUGCGGCGUCUACGUGAAAGAUUCACACAACAACUACUUCGAGCGCUUGACUACCCACAGCAACUACGAGACUGGAUUCCACAUGCAGAACAGCAUCUCGAAUAACGGGAUCGUUUAUCUUGACACCUACAACAACGCUGAUCCACGCAACAAUGGCCAGAAUGCUGAUGGUAUGGCUAUUAAGGAAGGCUCAGGCGCUGGUAACAUCAUCCGCGGUAUUCGCAGCUACGAGAAUGCUGAUGACGGCAUCGAUCUGUACGAGUUCAAAUCUUCUGUCACCAUCCUUGAUAACAUCAUCUUCGAUAACGGGGUGAACCAGGCGACGGCAUUGGUAUCCAAGCUCGGCGGAGGAUCACCCGCCAACCGAGCCAACGUCAACCAUGUCGCUCGUAACAACUUCUCCUUCCGGAAUCCCCGUGGCUUCAGCGACAACAAAAUGCCCGGUGAUAUGACUCUUAUCCACAACACUGCUUGGGAAAACCGGAGAGAAGGGUUCAACCACCGCUCUUCCAAGGCUACCUACGAGAACAACCUCGCUGCCAACAAUGCCGGCUCCAGCAGCCUGAGCAAGCAGAACACACUCACUUCAGUGAAGGGCAAGGGUAACAACUGGGAGAAGGGUGGAUCUUGGCAGGAUGCAGACUUCAAGGCUACCUCUACUAGCCUUGUCAAGGGACGUCGACAGGCGAAAGGCAAGAUCACUCGAAGUGACUUUCUUCGCCCUGCUAAUGGCGACAACUAUGGAGCUACCACUCACUGGGUCUGA